AUGGUGAUGUCCAAAGUGAAAUAUGAGGCCUUACGCGAGCAAAGAUUGGAAGAGAACAAGAAAAGACUUGAGGAACUCAAUCUCUCUCAGCUCUCUAUAGCCCUAAAAAACUCCUCUUCUCCCAAACCCUCCCCGAUGAAGAAGUCGAAACCUCGGACACCCAGAACAGAGAUUGUUCCUGUCAGAAGAUCAGAAAGGUUUUCCAACAAAUCAGCCCCUCAUUACAAAGAAGUUACUUUUUAUGACCGUGUGCAAAUUCCUAGAAGAGUUACAAAUCGGACCCGGGACCUCUCGAACCGGGUAUAUGCAUCAGAUGAAGAUAGGGAAUGUGCUAUAAAGAAAGCAGAGGAGCUUGAGUCAAGCCUGGAGUCUGGUUAUCCAUCCUUUGUGAAGUCAAUGCUUCCCUCCCAUGUCAGUGGUGGUUUUUGGCUGGGUCUUUCAUCAGAUUUCUGCAAGAGAAAACUUCCAAGAAAUGAUGGAGUGGUUACACUGAUAGAUGAACAGGGAGAAGAGUGGCCAGUAAUCUACUUGGCUCGAAAAUCAGGACUCAGUGGUGGGUGGAAAAAAUUUUCUGUCGACCAUGACCUUGUAGAUGGGGAUGCACUUGUUUUCCAGUUAACUCGCCCAACAGUACUUAAGGUGUUCAUUAUCAGGGUGAAGAGUUCUGAAUAG